AUGGUAGAUGCCCCUAGGUCUGCAUAUAUCCAUUACUUAUCUCAUCCUGAUGAAGAUAUCCACAUAUAUCCUAAAAAAGACACGAAGAGAAUGAAGCUUCCUCAGCUUGAUCCAUGCGGGAAUAACCAAACAGCCUCUGCAUCUCCUACUUCAGCUGAAUCAUGGAAGCAUGACGUGUUUUUGAGUUUCAGGGGUGAAGACACUCGCAGGGGCUUUAUUUCUCAUUUAGACCGUGCAUUGGCGUACUGGCAAGCAAUGAAAACUUUCAAGCACGACCGAGACAUUGAAGUAGGACCAAUUUCUCCGGAGCUGUUGACCGCAAUUGAACAAUCACAUCUUGCCAUCAUUGUUCUCUCCCCCAAUUAUGCUUCUUCCACAUGGUGCUUGGAUGAACUUUCCAAGAUUCUUGAAUGCAUCCAGGAGCAGGACACCAGAAUUCUGCCUAUCUUUUAUAACGUGGAUCCUUCCGAUGUACGAAACCAAAGGGGGAGUUUUGCGGAAGCCUUCACUAAGCAUGAAGAAAGGUUUAGUGAAGAUGUAAAGAAGGUGAAUCGGUGGAGAGCUGCUUUAAGAAAAGUAGCCAAUCUCUCUGCGUGGGAUUCAAAGAAUUAUAGGUCGGAAGCAGAGCUUGUCGAAGAAAUUGUCAAAUGUGUGUGGAAGGAAGUCCAUCCUACAUUCAUGUUGUCAGGUUCUCUAGAGAAUUUAGUUGGAAUUGAUUUUGCACUUAAACAACUACGAUUACAUUUAGCUCCCGAAGAAAAUGACGUCCGCUUUAUAGGGAUAUGGGGGAUGGGCGGGGUAGGCAAAACAACCCUUGCUAACUUAGUUUUUCAGAAAAUUUCCCAUCAUUUUGAACAUAGCUGUUUUCUAUCUGAUGUGAGAAAGAAGAAGCUCUCUGCUCUGCAAACACAAAUUCUUUUCCCAAUUUUGAAGGGAGAUCAUAUUUGGGAUGAAUGGGAGGGAACCUUUUUUAUUAAGAAGUAUUUAUGCAAUAAAAAGGUACUUCUCGUCCUUGAUGAUGCAGAUCAAUUAAGCCAACUAGAAAAACUGGUUGGAGAGAAAAAUUGGUUUGGUGUGGGGAGUAGAAUCAUCAUCACAACUAGAAAUGAACGUCUACUAGUUCAGCAUGGUACAACGAACCAUAAGGUCGAUGUGUUAAAUGAUGAUGAAGCUCUUGAGCUCUUUUGUCAACAUGCCUUUAAGAAUGAUCAGCCUGAGGAAGGGGAUUUAACUUGGAAUAUUGGAAAGACAAGUGGCUCAUCAUCCACGUGGCCCUUCUGUAUUGGUUGUGUUAUUAGAGGUGGCACCGUGGCAGACACUGUUUAA